AUGGUAAACAAAUUAUUAAGAAAAUUUAAACCCAUUUUUGAUAGAGUAUUAGUACAGAGAAUAAAUCCAAAAACAAUCACUAAAAGUGGAAUUCUACUUCCUGAAUCGAUAAAUAAGAAGAACAAAGGCUUCUUUAUGGCAAAGGUAUUGUCUACAGGAAGUGGGAAGAUAAAUCACUUUACGGGUGAAUAUUAUAAAUCUUCCGUAAAACCUGGAGACACAGUAGUUGUUCCAGAAUAUGGAGGGAUUAGCAUUCAAGAAAUUUAUGGAGAAAUUGAAAAUGAUACUACAUCGGAUUUUAUAGUUUAUAAGGAGGAAGACAUAUUAGGAAUUUUUGAAAACGAUAGCCAAAAAUAA